AGAAUCUGCGUUGCCCGCUGUAGAGGAGGACCCGAUCAACAUCAAGCGACCACAGUUCGGCAAUCGCUUUCUAUCCGAUGAUGAUGAUGUAUUCCGGCACAAUGCUUGGUAGGAUUCUGUCCCGCUGCCACCAGAGGCUCCCAUUCUUCGCGACGAGGUUUUACUGUGAUUACGAAUUCACUCGUUACCGGAAGAAACCUCGCAUCGGCGAAAGAUUUCUCAAAGAUCCCUCAAGGGUCUUUGAUUUCAACACUUGGGACAAUGUCGAAUGGGAUGAUGAGCAAGAGCAGGCCGCUCUCGAGGGGGUUAAGAAGAACUCGACGGUCAAGUUGACCGUUGAAGACGCUCAUAAGUUGGAACUGGAGGCGGACAAGAACUGGGACAAGUUUUACGGGAUUCAUCAGAAUCGGUUCUUCAAGGAUCGUCAUUGGUUGUUUACCGAAUUCCCGGAACUGGCUCCACGCAACACUAAGGAUGCUCCGGAAAGAGUGUUUCCGGAAGGGGUUGAAGGUAUCACUUCAAAAGUGGCCGAUCUGCAGGUGAAUCCCAGUAUGAAGCGUACCAUCUUUGAAAUUGGAUGUGGCGUCGGAAAUACAGUGUUUCCGAUUUUGAAAUACAGCGUGGAGGAGAAUUUGAAAAUCUACGCCAGCGACUUUUCGAAACAGGCUAUCCAAAUUCUGAAAGACAGCAAAGAGUUUGACGAGAAACGAUGCGAGGCAUUCGUGCUGGAUGGUACGGCGGAAAAUUGGGACGUUCCAUUCGAGGAGAACAGUAUCGAUAUUAUUGUGUUGAUAUUUGUGCUGUCGGCGAUUGAUCCCGAGCGAAUGCAACACGUGGCAAAUCAAAUCAGUCGCUAUCUGAAACCGGGAGGGUUGCUGCUGCUCAGAGAUUACGGUCGAUUCGAUCUGGCUCAGCUCCGGUUCAAGCCUGGAAAAUGCUUGAAGGAGAAUUUCUACGUUCGAGGUGAUGGCACGCUGGUUUACUUUUUCACGCAAGACGAUCUACGGACGCUCUUUCAGAAUGCCGGUCUGGUCGAGGAGCAGAACAUUGUCGACCGGAGGUUGCAAGUCAAUCGGGGAAGAAUGCUGAAAAUGUAUCGCGUUUGGGUGCAGAUUAAGUAUAGGAAACCUUUGGAGAACGGGACGUAAAUGUAUGUUUUAAGCAAGA